UUUUGUAGUUGUUGAAUACCGUAUAUUUCAGAUCUAGGGAUUGCUACUUUGUAUUACGUACUUCUCUAGUACUAGUUGCUCACAGAGGUGUGGCGGUGCUGGAAAUCCUGAUUGGCCGAUCGUCCGCCUCAUUUGCGUGUUGCUAGCCUGACAAGCUUCAAGCCAGGACUGCUUCACUCGCGACAGACGAGGAAUGACUUCGGUUUUUCGUUCCUCUCGUUAUUUUCAGUCCCACUAUUAAAUUUCAAAAUUGCUUCAACUUGCGAUCUCGAUUAUGCCGUGAUUUUCCUUAUCCCGUUCUAUUUUGCGACUUCUCACGCGACAAAGAAACUCCAACUCAUUUGACCCGCGUGUCCGACUUGUAUGCCGUCAACGGACAACCCUCCAUUUAUUUCCCCAUCUACAUCUGCAUAGUCGGACGACACUUGGCCUAAUUGUAGUGGCUCCUGCAGCUAUCAUCGACGACGAGCCACAAUGGCUCAAGUCAACCUCAAAGACCAACUACACCAGCUCCAGGCAGCGCGAAACCUGGUGCUGUCCGACGCUGCGCUCUACCCCCAGGUUGUGCAAGGCAUCCUCCCUAUUAUCGGAGUCAAUUCGCGACUGGAGCUACGACGAUGGGGCUCGGAAUUUCUAGCAGAGACUUUCGCAAAUCCAGCACUGGCCACGACGCAGAAAGAGGAACUCGCCGCAACCGUUCUUCCAACCGUGCGAGAGCUUCUCGAUAAUAAUGCGGAAGAUGCGGUAGUGGUUCAAAACGUCAUCCAGAUUGCGGCAAGCUUAUAUCCGUUUGUCUUCAGGCAUAUCAUUCGCCAUCCAGACGAUAAAAUAUUAUGGGAGCAGAUGACCGAAAUCAAGCAUAGCAUACUCAAAAGGAUGGACUCUGCACCGCAUCCAGUUAGGGUGUGCUGCAUAAAGUUUUUGCAGAAGGUUGUCCACAUUCAAACUCCCGGCCCUAUAGCAGAUCCAAGGCGGCCGGAAAGAAACGAGACAUCUAUCGCUAUCGUUCCUCGAACCCACCCUAUACUCAUCAUACCCAAUCUAGAAGCGGAGGCAUCAGGCUUGUUAGAUCGACUUUUAACAGUCCUUCAAGACAAUUCAGAUGAUGCAAUACUAGUGAAUGCGACUUUGAAUUGUCUGGCGAUUAUGCUCCGAACUCGGCCCAGUAUUGCAAGCAAGAUACUCGAGACAAUUCUUAAUUUCAAUCCUAUAAAGACAGGGAAUGGACCUUUUACUCCGACUAUGCGAGUGAAGAUCAAAUCUAUGGAGCGUACAACUCGUGCCGUUCUAAUUAACAUUCUAAAAAGGAACCACAAUCAUCCAAUGGCUGGAAGAAUGCAACAGUACAUUGAACGGCUUACGCAGAACUGCCUUGAGGUCUUCGACGAGUCUUCCCGCAAACGUGCCCUUCCUGUAGAACCGACGGACGGUCUUGAUAAUGCGAAGAGAGCAAAACUAGGCGUCGAUACACCACCUCAGCUCAAAAUACCCCCUAUGCCGGCAGGCCCUAAUAGUUAUGCCCAACUAUAUACUCUUACUGAGGAUUUGGGACUGUCUUCCUUUGAUGUGAAACAACUUCCGCCUGAACUGAUUGUCAAAAUUGCCGUGGCCGUACUUGGAAGAGUCGAUGCCAAUGCCUUAGUGCAGGCGACAGAGGCUAUUCGAACUCGGUAUCAGACUCUUGCAGUGGAACAAGCCAAAAGUCAAGCAGCGGCUGAAGAGGAGGAGGACGAUUACGAGCCUGAAUAUCAGCCAGAAGAUGUACCCGAAGAAGAAAAAGAAGAUAUCACAGCAGCGAUUUUCGGUCUUGAACCCGAAUUGGGCCCAUUCAAACUCCCCAAGCCACCUCCUAUGACUGAAAACGAAGCGGGAGAAGUCGGUCGUGCCGCUGCUGAACGUGUCUUUGAAAUGAUGGUUGCCGCGCCUUCCAAGCCAGUUGCCAAGGGUGCAAGCAACCAGUCAGAACGGAAGGGGUUCGCACGUCUCGCUGGAGGCUCUCUCGACACAAAAGAAGCAUGGGUUAUCAUGCUUGUUCGUAUGGCAACGCGAGCUCCCGCUGGCUUAGAAGCUGCUUCAGGCGAAAUCCGAAAUAUGGACGGUUCACCUACGAUAGCAACGCAUAUUCGUGAACUUCUGUAUCGUCAUAUUCUUGAAGACUUUCGAUCUAGGAUUAAUAUCGGCAUUACAUGGCUUAAUGAGGAGUGGUACAAUGACAGGCAACAAAUGAAAGCCGCAUCAGCAUCGUCGGAGGAUGGUGAAGCAGUGACGGUGCCUCUACAUUACGAUUCUUGGGUACUACGCCUUCUAGGUGGUAUCCUGCCGUAUCUUGACGCCAGAGAUAACAAAGUCCUGAUUCGAUUCCUAAGCGAGAUUCCAGAGGUUACGGCGCCGAUCAUCGGCCGCGUACAGACUCUCGCUCGGGAUCCUGAGCGUGUUAAUUUAUGUGUCCAGACUUUACACUAUCUCAUUAUGCUACGGCCUCCUGCAAGAGAAAUCUGUUUAGACGCCUUGGAGGAAAUCUACAAAACCCACGAGGAAGCUCGUCCAGCAGCCGGUAAAAUCCUUUCCAAGUGGCGAGCACACGUUAUUCAAGCACAACAAACGCAGGAUGCACUGCCCAAUGCGAAUACAGCCGCCAUUGCCAAUGGAGUUCAGGCUGUCAGCUAGUUCUCAGAAUAUUUUUUUAACAUAGAACGGAUGUGUCCAAAUUAUUAUGCUCAAUGUGUGAUGAACAGCAAACAGAUUUCUUGGGAUGUAUACUAUCGUUUCUCUUAGGGCUGUAUUUUAUUUUUAGAGGUCAAAUGCGAUCUUCGAUUGGUGCGGCGACGUUAUAUGUGAUCUGCAUUUCCUAACGCCAGAAUGGUUUUGCGACUAUGUCUACAAUGUGCCACUUCAGCAAUUCAUAAUGUAGAAUUCAGUUCAGGAUCAAUGUGAAAAACGUAGGAUGA